AUGACGUUCUUAGGGCUGUUUGAAUCCAGGGUUUUACUCCUGAAUGUAGCCAGACAUCCAAAGGUACUCUGCACCCUUAUAGGAGAAGAUGCAGUGUUAAGUGGGACCUGUUCCAGUCUGUGCCCACACUGUGUCCCUUGCUGUCCUACAAUGAUAGUACUUCUCAUGGUCUGUAUGCUGAUGGUCCCUUGUGUUGGAGGCCAUGCUUUGGAUACCCCACACCUUCCACAGGAGUUGCCUCCAGGACUGUCAAAAAAUAUCAAUAUCACAUUCUUCAAUGGAGUGUUUAAAAAUGUGGAAAGUGUGGCUGAAAUUUUUGACUGCCUGGGCUCCCACUUUACCUGGCUUCAGGCUGUCUUCACCAAUUUCCCUCUCCUUCUCCAAUUUGUGAAUGGGAUGAAGUGUGUGGCUGGUCUCUGCCCCCGGGACUUUGAAGACUACGGCUGUGCCUGCAGGUUUGAGAUGGAAGGGCUGCCUGUGGAUGAGUCUGACAGCUGCUGCUUCCAACACCGCAGGUGCUAUGAGGAGGCUGCUGAGAUGGACUGUCUCCAGGACCCCGCCAAGCUCAGUGCAGAUGUGGACUGCAUCAACAAGCAGAUCACAUGUGAGUCUGAGGAUCCCUGUGAGCGCCUACUGUGUACCUGUGACAAGGUGGCUGUUGAAUGCUUGACUCAGUCUGGCAUCAACUCUUCCCUGAACCUUCUAGAUGCUUCUUUCUGCCUGACUCAGACUCCAGAGCCAACUAGCAAGAAAGAGUUGGUGACACUGCUGUUUGGAGGUAAAAUCCCAGAAGAGCUGGUUCCAGGGACACAGGGUGCUCAUGGUGACCACAACUGGAAUGUGCACCUCCCCGACUGGCCUGUCUCACAGUGGCUGAAGCCGCCCAUGACAGUGAUCCUGCCUCUCCUGGCUAGGAGACCUGAUUUUCCACAAGCCCAGCGGGUUCCUGCAAAGUCCAUGGACACCAGCCCGACAGCCCUCUCAGGAGAAGUGACUGGUGAGACCGGAGCUGACAUACUGACCACACUCUCCAGGACAAGACCUGGCCAAGAUCUCCAAGCUGCUAGGACCACACCCCUUCCAGGAUCUGCAGAGCUUGUUGUCGCAGCUAAGGGCGCAACCCAAGUCCCUGAUGGUGUUAAACCAUUAGGGUUGGUGGUGUCAUCUGUUGACAGUGGUCCUCAGAAGACAACUGGAAAAGCCUGUGACAGGUUGGCUUUCCUGCACCGAGGCAGUGGGGAGACCACACAGACCAUGCUGCAGCUUGGAGAGAUGCUCUUCUGUCUGACGUCCCGCUGCCCGGAGGAAUUUGAAUCUUAUGGUUGCUACUGUGGAAAAGAAGGAAGGGGCGAGCCAAGAGAUACCCUGGACAGGUGCUGUUUGUCCCAUCAUUGCUGCCUGGAGCAGGUGAGACGGCUGGGCUGUGUUCACGGGAGGCAUUCUCGGUCAGCGGUGCUAUGUGUGGACCAUGAACCCAAGUGUGUGGGGCAGAGCCUGUGUGAGAAGCUGCUAUGUGCCUGUGACCAGAUGGCAGCUGAAUGUAUGGCCUCUGCAUCCUUUAACCAAAGCCUCAAAUCACCAGACAGACCAGAGUGCCAGGGGAAGCCUCUGCCCUGUGAGGAUGGCAUGCUCAGAGAAAAUGAGGCCUCUCCUGUGGGUUCCAGUUCGGAAGAGAACAGUGAAGAGGCCACGCCCCUCACAGAGCACCUAAGAAGCAGAAGAUUUCUGUGGAAGUCUCCUGGUUCCUUAGAGACCGGGCCACUGGGUGGAAAAUGA